AAAUACACAAUAAGAUUGAAACGCGAUAAUUUUGAUCCGAAGCUCAGCUGCACUCGUCGAGACAUAGACAAAGUUUAUCUCCAGGCUAAAGGAAAUGAUGGAUGGUACGUUCAAUGGAUCAACACCUAUAUCGCAGGAAGGUUUGGAGAUUACUCAAAACUAACCACUGAUCCAGGCUUUAAUAUGUGGGUGGACAAUGAUGAAGAAUAUAAAUACCCAUACAAUGCCAAAACGCUACUCCUUACCAAUGCUGUCACAGAAUCCUGUUUAACGUACAUACGUGUAGAGGCAGUAACGCGAUACAGUGCUUUCUCGUUCAAACCAUACGACACGAAUAUCUUUAUAGUCCUCUAUUUAACAAAUAACCAACGAUUUCGAGCGGAACUUGAAGGACCAAUGGAAACAAACAGAAAAUAUGAGCGAGAGUUGAACUUCGCAAACCGAUUUCAAAUCACUAAAUGCGUGUCGUUCUCCGACAUUAAGGAAAUUCACUUACAAGCUCAUAAUGGAAGAAAUGAGAAGUGGUACAUAGCAUCCAUUAGCACUUUUGCUAAGACCGGUGAAGAGCAGUACAUGGAUCUGACAAGUGAUCCACAUCUCAACAAGUGGCUUGGCCCACACGGAACGACAGACAUCAAACUAACAAGGUCAUUGAAAGAUAUCCUCAAUUGUGAAUACGGCAAUCCAACUUGUGAAUGCAUGGAACAUGAAAAGGUUUGUAUAUUCAAUCUUGAAGUUGACGAAAUUCGAACCUUCACCAGUUAUCAAAAGUUAUCAGUAGAUGAACCUACAGGAAUAGCUAUGCGUGGCUCCCAAGGAGUGAUCUAUUAUUUCGAUGAAAAUGGAAUACCUCUGCCACUGCAUAAAGAUAGACAAUGUGCAACACAGGACAAAAGUAAAUGCACUAGCCCCCAGUUUGUAGAUGGCAAGACGUACCGUUUGGCAAUAGCCGUUAAUGGGCAAAUCCCUGGACCUACUUUGAUUGUUCACGAGGGGCAAACUGUGGAAGUUCAUGUUCACAACAACCUUACCACUGAAGGUAUUUCCAUUCACUGGCAUGGGAUGCACCAGAGAGGAACACCUUGGAUGGAUGGCGUCGGACAAGUAACUCAAUGUCAGAUAGGACCCUCAUCUAGCUUUUCGUACGUGUAUACCGCUAGUCCUGCUGGGACGUUUUGGUACCACUCUCACAGUGGCGCUCAAAGAACAGAUGGCUUCUUCGGUGGUCUUAUAGUUAAAGAACGCCCUUCCAAAAUGAGAGAACUCCGAGAUACACUACAGAGGUCUGCAUUUGAGGAUCUUCCAGAUCAGCACACCUUAACGCUUCUAGAUUGGCAACAUUAGGCAUCCUUGGAUCUGUUCACACAGAUUCACGCCAGCUUGAACUUUUAUCCAGGCAAGCCGCUUGGCGACGUACCAACUCCAGAUGAUUUCCUGCGACGGUAUAACUCCACACGUAGUUUUGAAGAAGGAGAGGUUGGUCCUGUUCCGUAUUUUUCUGGAAUCAUAAAUGGUAAAGGCAGGCAUGCUGAUGUUCCAUACUCUAAAACAAGACUGAGCAUAUUUACUGUUGAGCCCCAAAAGACAUAUCGCUUCCGGCUGAUUGGAGCCCAAGGACUGUACGCUUACAAGUUCUCCAUUGAUGGACAUAAGUUGACUGUGGUGGCCACCGACGGCUAUUGGAUUAUGCCCAAAGAUAACGUUGAUUACAUCAUUAUUCAUUCCGGAGAGAGGUAUGACUUUCUACUAAGUGCAACAAAUACAAGGAGAAAAGACUAUUGGAUACGUGCAGAGACGCUGGAGAUUGAUCCAAACAGGAAGGGGCCACCCUACCGGUCACUAGGGCAUGUGGCAGAGGCUAUUCUGCACUACAAACAACAUGGAGACUCGACUAAUCCAGAUGAUAAUGUACCGUCCACAAAAUAUGAGACAAUAAAACAUGAGUCUCCAGCUCGACAAUGCUCUAAAUACCAUCAAUGCAUAGCGGUGAACUGUCCAUUUGAGAACUUCCAUGACUCCUAUAACACUAUUUGUAUUAACGUUCAAAACCUACGUUUACUUGAGCCAACUCCACACAACGAACUUCCAAAUGCACACCCUAGAAGCUCCGCGAGUUGCCCAAAUUGUCGACAUUUCAUCAACUUCAAUUUUGAGGGUGGCUCUCAAACUAGUGCAGUGAAUGGGCGCAAUUUCAUCCCUCCUUCCUUUCCACCCCAAACCCAACAUGAAGAGUUUCUCAAAAAGGACACAAUUUGUGACCUGAAGGCUGACUGCAAUCCAUCGACAACCGAUUGCUCAUGUGUCCACGUGAUAGACAUUCCACAUAAGGAAACUGUUCAAUUCGUGCUUUCGGCAAUUGGUGCUUACAACAAUGCUCAUCCAAUUCACCUUCAUGGUCAUACAUUUCAUGUUGUUGAUGUUGGAUAUCCAGAAUAUGACCCGCAAACUGGUUUUAUCAGACCUGAAGGACACAACAAAAAAAUAUACUGCGAUGAUGUUAGCUGCACAAAGAAGGAUUGCGACAAGAAAAGAUGUACCAAACCGAGGUGGGCGCGCGAACCAGUGCAGUUAUUUAUAGAUCAAAAAACGAUUAGGAAGGACACAGUUAUUGUCCCCGCCGGGGGAUACGUUGUCAUCAAUUUCAUAUCUGACAAUCCUGGCCAGUGGUUUCUUCACUGUCACAUAGAGGUGCACCAACUCGAGGGAAUGGCACUGAUCGUCAAUGAAGCCUCAGAGGAGCAACACAAGUUGCAACCACCCACAGAGAUGAACAAGUGUGGAGACUUU